CUCCAACGAUUUAUACACGCACUUUCCCAAACAGACAUUCACUUAAUUCACUUCUCAAAAAAUACAAAUCAAAUCAGAGCGUUCGUGUGUAUAUACAAUAAUCGAUUGAAGAAACUGCUGUAAAUCUCUACUCUCAAUUCAACAAUUAAGAAGGCCAAGAUCGAUAUUUACUGUGGCAAGUUUGUUUUCUUGCUUAAUUACUGCGAGUAUAUUAAGGGAGAGCAAAAGGCAUGGCAACUCACGCCGGUAAUAUCGUUCAAGAUCAGAAUAUAAGUUUCAAACUAGAUGGUCCUGCUAAGGGCAAAAGCAUUGCAUCCCAGGGCCAAAAGAAAGGACUUGGUGGAAGGAAAGCGCUCAAUGAUAUAUCGAACUCAAGGAAGCCUGCAGCACUUCAGCCAUCAAAGAAGCACAACUCUGCUAAUGUGAUCUCUAUAGCUGAAGAUUUCUGUAUGUCAAAGACCAAACAAUCUGUUCUGGGAAAGAAAAGUGUGACCAAGGCUCCAGAGAAACCUCAAGUCAGUGGGAGAAAAGCGCUAAUUGACCUCACGAACUCUGGUAAUCCAUCUGCACAGGCAGUGAAGAAGAGUUUGAGCAAGAACUUGACUGUGGUUGCAGAAGAAGAGCCUCCAAGUGGAGAAGGUUUUCUGCACAACCAUCAAAAUUGCAUCGCAUCUCAGAAGGCGGUAGAUGUGGAUUACUUUCUGAUGGCUGUUGGAUUACGUGAUGAUACUUGCAUUCAGCUAGCACCAUCUCCUAGGGUUCGUCGCUUACCUAUGUCAAGAAACUCAAAGCUGGAAAGUCCUCUGAAGGAAUUAGUAAUGGAGGAGAUUUUGGAGAUGGAGAUUGAAGACCAACUCCCUCACUCUGCAUUUACCAGUGAAUACAACUCAACAGCUUUUGGUACUCCACACUGGCGAAGCCCGUAUAUCCACCACCGGAACAAGGCCUUUCUUGCAAGUCCAAAAUUCAUUCUGAAGGAGAGUCCCUGAGCUAAUUAAGUUUAUUUCGUGCUUCAUAUGUAAAAGUCGUAGACUAAGUGUUGUUUGUGUUGUUCCUUUCUAGUUCGCUCAAACAUGAUACUCUCUAUGUGAUCUGUCUUCUUCACACAGAUCAAGGAAGUGAAUCCGUUACGCCCUCUUUUACUAGUAUAAAAGGAGCAUUAUCGCUGGUACUGUGUGACUGGGUACUAGUGUUUCCAUUAUGUAUUUCAACUUGUCAAGUUUUUUGGAUGUUUGGGAAGACGAAUUCGGAGGGCUUGCUUUACAUAUAACCUUUUUUUUUUUUUUUUUUAAUUGACAGAUGCUUUACAUAUAGCAACUUGUAUAACUUGUUAAAGCUAAAUCUAUACUAAUGCUGUUUAACAUUUAUAUUUUUGA